UGUAUUCUGUGUACGUGGUGUUACUAAACUUGUGAUUUUUAUGGUGUUUUUAACUAGUCUAAUCCAUAACAAAAUAGCUUUAGCAAAUUUCAAAGUGAAAUAACACAUCUGCUAAACACAACCCUGUCGACACUAUUGCGUCAUUGUAAAGCGCGGGGGAUUAUGGUUAGUCAGCGGAAGUAAGAUGGCGGAGGUGACAGCUGAGGUGUUUUCCCUCUGAUGGUUGGGAACAGAAAAGCUUGACUUGGUCCUGAGGAGGGUUCAGACAGCAGCAUGGCAGAUGACAGCGAAAAACCUGCUGUUGCUCCUCCAGUGUUUGUGUUUCAGAAGGACAAAGCACAAAAGAGGUCAGCAGAGGUCAGUACAGAGGAUGGAGAAGACUCUGAUAAAGAAGAUGGCAGCUACAGCCCUGCUGCCAAAAGAGGUCGAACGUCACCAUUUACACAGUUCCCACCAACUCAUUCCGUGUCUAAGAACAAUGUUUUCAUGCCAUCCAGUCUCUGUCAGUCACCAACUGAAAACUCAGACUCCGAACCUGAAGAGAAGACUGUGGGGUUUCGCCUGAAGCCCCCGACUCUGAUCCACGGCCAGGCUCCGAGUGCUGGUGUGCCCAGUCCAAAACCCAAAGAAGCCCAGCGUAGCAUCCUGAGGCCUCCCGUCUUGCAGCCCCCUCCGGUCAAAAGCCCUCCUCAGAACAAUAUAAGCAGCAACAGUUCAAAUGGAGGAACAGAAUGUAAAGUUCACUCAGAGGCAUCCGCUGCUGGCACUCAGCAUAAUUCAGAGCCAUUGGACAAGAGCACUUUGAAGCCCGAAACCGAUGACAAAUCAGAGGAACACGGUGCCCAGAUUGAUGCCAGUUUUGUAUUUGGAGAGAAUAUGAGGGAUAGAGCAAAGGUGGGAAACAGUUUGGACUCCUCACAGAAACCCGACGACCUUCAGACAGAAAAUUCAGAGGAAACUAACUACUUCUUGCAGUGCAUCACUUCCAGCGCACAAAAACCUGACAGCAGCAAUGCCAACAGUGUGAAGUUUGUCUUUGGACAGAACAUGUUGGAUCGCGUUGUGGCACUGCCGAAAUUCACCACCGAUGCACAAGGAGGCACUAGAGAGUCGGGGUCAGAGAUGGGCCUUUUCAGCCAGCUUUCAUCUACUCAAGAGCAAACUGUGGAGAAGAGUGAUAAUAUGAAAGAAUCUCUGGAGGAGUCAGCGGCGAGACACGAAGCACACAAGCCGCAGAAGUGUUUGCUAGAGCGAGUGGAGGUCCGGACAGGAGAGGAGUCUGAGAGCAAUGUGCUGCAGAUGCAGUGUAAGUUGUUUGUGUUUGAGAUGUUGUCUCAGUCGUGGGUGGAGAGAGGAUGUGGAGUUCUCAGACUUAAUGACAAGACAUCCACUGAUGACGGCACCUUACAGUCCAGACUGGUCAUGCGGACUCAAGGGAGUCUUCGAGUGAUCCUCAACACUAAGCUCUGGCCUCAGAUGCAGGUGGAUAAAGCCAGUGAGAAGAGUCUCCGAAUAACAGCGAUAGACACCGAGGAACAGGGUGUCAAAGUCUUCCUCAUAUCUUCCAGCUCUAAGGACGCUGCCCAGCUCUUUGCAGCCCUGCAUCAUCGCAUCCUGGCGCUGCGAAGCAUCAGCGGGCAGGAGUCUGAUGGUCAGCCUGCGCUUCCUGAUGGAGAGGUCAUUCGCUUCAGUGACGACGACGAGUCCCGUACGCCUCCCAUUGCAGCUACACCUGCUCCAGGUAACCCAGAGGCAGGUGUGUGUUCAUCCACAGGCAACACAUAGGGCUGAGCCUGUCGCUGAUUUCUAUCCCACAAUGCCUCACUUGCAGCCCUCUGGUUAGCUCAAAUACUAUGCAGGUGUUUCUUUCUUGUUCAAACUCCUUCAGGUUUACUCUAGUCAUGUGUUCAGCUGGUUUUAUUUAUUGCAUUUUAACAGCAAAAAAAGCGUAUCUUUCAGACUGGACACAUAACCUUCUCAAUAUCAUCAUAUUGAUGAAAAUGACUUUCUCUUAGCGUUUUAGUAAACAGUCAAGAUUUUUCAUUCUACGUACAAUAACACGUUUAUGUGAGACUUAAUUAUUCCAUGCCCUCCUGAAUGGAUAGAGUGAGUUAACAGAAACCAACGUAUGUGUGAGUGUCUUUCCAUCUCCACAUCAGUACCAGUUCUGCUCAGUUUCAGCUGCUAAACUGUUUAAUAGAAUCCCUUAAUCCUCACUUUAGAUCUCAGUGUAACUUCAGGGGAAAGUUCAUGCAACAAUGAGUACGUUUACAUGGACACGAAUAAUCUGAUUUUAAUACGAUUAAGACAAUACUCUGAUUAAGAGUCUACCAUGUAAACAGUGAUUUUUGAUUAUCUUAAUCCGACUAAAGUCAUAAUCAAACUAAACAGAAAUGGAAUUACGACAUGUGGAGUAUGAUGAUUUUAGUCGCAUUAUUGAAGUGCAGUACAGACAUGUAAACAGCGCAAUCAAACUAUUACCGUCACGUAGGAGUUUUUGCUGCAUUUUGCGACAGGAUAGUCCACACACACACAGCUGUUUGACACUAUUCUCUGCACCUACCAUGUCAGGACCACAGACACCCGCACUGUGAAAUGCGGAGGUUUUUUUUUGUUCCCCAUUCAGCAUACUGUAUUAAAUUACAUUAAAACAACACUCUUCCAGCAGUCCUUAACUUCGUACUUUCAUCCAAUACCUCAGUUUGUUCCUGAAUGAAAGUUAAAAUGCUAAACUGCAGUUAAAGUCAAAAAAUUUUAUAAGAAAAACCUGAAAUGACAUGAAACUCCAGAAGAAACAUUGGAUAGCCUGGUGACGCAAUGAGGUUAAUCAAUCUAUGUGCUAUACGCUUAUUUUACUCGGCCACCAUUUAAAAAAAAAAAAAAGCGAGGCUUUGGUGUGAAGAAACCCGUAUAUAAGUGUAGGAUCAGCACUGAAAACAUUGCAACAACAUGCUGUUGCCGCAAUUUCAAAAUGCAGAUAUGGUGUAAACAGCACUUUUAUAUCAUUGAGUUAAGUUUAAUUUAAACAAAUAAAGCAUAUUAGGCAUCAAACAACAUCACAAUCUCUUUAGGAGUAAUACACUUAACGCUAAGUGUCCUCCUAGGCUUCAGUUCAUGGCACCAGGUAAACACUGUGGGUAAGCUUCUCUGCUUCAGCCCAUGUAACCCAGUGAGCAACAAAACAUGUUGUCUUUAAUAGUGUUGUGCCGGGACUGAAUUUUUAAAACAUCUCUUUCCCGCUAACAUUUAAGUGCCGCUGACCGUGUUCUUAAACUCUGCUGAUUUCCUAUAGUAUUCUCCAGUGCUCAACAGAAAUGACUGUGAUUGGCCGUGAAGGUCAUUAGUUUACCGCUUUUCACAGAGUGCAAACACAAAUACUGGGACACUGAAGCGUUUACAGCCGCGAAGGUUUGCACUCGGUAAACAUUGGUGAAGGGCAGUGAACUGAUGACCUUCACGGCCAAUCAAAGUCAUUUCUGUUAAGCACAUGAACACAAUGGCAAAUCAGCAGUCAAGAGUGCUUAAAUGUUAGCAGGAAAUUAAAGGUUUUUUUAAAUUUCAGUACCGCAAUUGAGUAUCGUGACAAGUCUAAUAUAGUGAAAGAAUCAAUUCAUUAACUUGAGUUUGAUAAAUGGCAUCUAAAAUGUGUGUUUGGGAAAAAACACGUUAGCCAUUUCCCUUAACUUAGCUGAAAAUGAGGUCUGAUAUCCCUUAUUAUUUUCACUAUCUAUUCAGAACGGACUUUUGGGAUACUCGGAAGGUGGUGAAAUUAUAAAUGUGUCACUUUUUCUUCGCUGAUAAGUUAUACAGGCAGGUACACAGCAUUCCUUUGUGACUAUAGGCAAUACUUCCGGGUUUCUUCCCACCGCAGCCUCGAUUUCGCUUUUAAAAUGGUGGCUGUUUGAAAUCAGUUUAUACAUUUAAAACAGGAUCAUGAAAGAAACAUUCAAAACUCAUGUAAACACCUUAAUCAUAUUAUUGGCUUAUUCAGAUUAAGGCAAAUCACUUGAAUACUGAUGUCCAUAUAAAUGUAGUCACUGAAUCAAAGUUAAUACGUUUUUUUUUUCCUGAACUAUCCCAUUCAUAUGUGUCAUUGGAUGCUUAAGUGGCAUUAUUUUUCUCGUUAGUGCAGUAUGACUAAAAUAAUAAUUAAAGAGCUCUCUGAUCAUCAUGCUCUUAUAUAAUCAUUUCAGAAUCCGAAACAGUUAUAUUGCAGAUUCAAAUGGACCUCAUUUGUUGCAUUAUUCAAAUGUGAAAUUAGUUUAGUCUCUUUAUAGGAAAGCUUCGUCCAUAAAUGAAAAAUAUGUCUCACUGUUGUCGUUUCAAAUAUUAAAGUACAUAUUUUUUAGGAGCGUGAUAAAAUCAUAAAUGUAAACAGUUGAAGUCAGAAUUAUUAUACCUACUGUUAAAUUGUAAUUCUUUUUUUUU